AUGGCUACUUCUUUUGUUCCUGUUUCAAUCUCAUCAGGUGGUGGAUCUCAACUUAAGGCACGUGAACUUUGGUCGACAAAAUCCAAUUCAUUUGCCAAAGCACCGAGACUGGCAGUAGCUGUUGGAAGGAAAUCGAACAGCCGAAAUUUGGCAGUUCGUGCCGAAUACGAUGAUGGUAGUAGGGGUGGUGGUGGUGAUUUUGUUGCUGGAUUUCUUUUAGGAGGCGCUGUAUGUGGAACUUUAGCAUAUAUUUUUGCUCCUCAGAUAAGAAGAUCCCUGCUAAAUGAAGAUGAAUAUGGAUUUCGGAGGGCCAAGCGACCAAUAUAUUAUGAUGAAGGUUUAGAGAAGUUUAACAUUGGACACCCUUCCUUUUUUCCGGAAAAGCAGAAGACUAGGCAGACCUUGAAUGCAAAAAUCAGCCAACUGAAUUCUGCUAUUGACAAAGUAUCUUCUCGACUGAGAGGUGGCAGUAAUUCACCCCCUGUGCCUCUCGAAGCUGAUCCUGAGGUGGAAGCUACAAUGUGA